GUUAUUUAUGUUACCAGGAACCCCAAGGAUGUCGUGGUUUCGUAUUAUCACUUUWCCAAAAUCAUAACCACGCUAGAGGAAGUCUCAGAUUUCAACCUUCUCUUAGAGACAUUUUUAGCUGGCAAAGUCGUGGGUGGUUCAUGGGUGGAUCAUGUUACAGGCUGGUACAGCCACGCUCAGGAUUUCAACAUACUCUUCCUUACCUACGAAGAAAUGAAAAAGGAUCUCAGAAGUGCUGUGCUCAAGAUCUGCAACUUCCUGGGCAAGCAGUUGAGUGAAGAGGAAGUGGAAAGCGUGGUGAGACAGGCUACGUUUGAGAACAUGAAGAAAGAUCCCCGAGCAAACUAUGAGGAAAUGCCAGGAUUUCUCAAAGAGGACCGAAAGGGUCACUUUCUACGUAAAGGCACUGUUGGAGACUGGAAAAACCUCAUGACAGUAGCACAGAGUGAAAGGGUUGAUGAAGUUCUGAAAAAGAAAAUGGRGAGUCUGCCCAUCAAAUUCAUCUGGGAUAUUAACGAUAAGAUGUAGGCUGCUUUCCUGGGUCAUCAUCCUUUGCUGUUCAGAGUGGAUGUACACGUUGGGUGAAAGAACAAAGCACACUAAUUUCCAGCUGCAUUGUGGAAAUAAAGUUCUAACAGCUCAUUCACAAUACACGACUAGACCAAGGAGGCAUCUCAGUUACACCUGAAGCUUCACAAUCUAUUUUAGCUUAUUUUCAUUGCUGUAAACUACAAUUUGAUUCCUCUGUAUUCGCUUUUACUCUC